GUAAACAAAUCACGUCUUCAUUAGUCGUGUUGUUGUUGUUGUUGUUGUGGAUAAUAAUCACAUGUUUUUUUUUGGUGAUCACUGACCUUAUCGGACACUAAAUGGCCACUAAAUUUCGGUAAAAGCCGAAGAGAGAGAGACAGCAAUGAGCUCAAGAGGUAACGACGGCGAUGAUGGUGACCACAAGCGGUCGCCGCCGCCGCCGUCGGCAACAGGAGACGGAUGGUUACCGAAAGAAGAUCCCGAUUUCUUUGAUGAUCUCGAACCAGACUAUCGACAGCCAGUAGAUCCGCCAAAAGUCAAAAUACAUUCACCGUUUUUGUCGCCCGACGAUCCCUAUCGGGUACGUCAUAAACCGUCGGCGACGGCUGCAGCGGCAGCGGCUGCGGCUGCGGCUACUGCCGGACGACAACGACGACAUAUAUUCGGUACAAAUCCGACGCCCGUACAGCAACUGUUGGGACCACCUGUACCGCCGCUACCGUUGCCGCCAAAUAGUUAUCAUCAGAAACCGAAAUACUGGCAAACAAGAGGCACCGGUCACAUGCAACAGACCAAUCGUAUUAUUCUCGGUUUUAUGGUCGCUGUCGGCCUGGUUAGCUACGCCCUGGACCGAUGGUCAGGUAUACCCGAACGUUUCAAUUGGGGCCGUCGCGACACCCGUGCCGAUGUUAUCGAACGACGCGAAGAUCUACAACUGCUGGCCGAUCUGAUGAGAAAAGGUGUAUCACCUGAUGAUAUGGAAGUGGCACCCGAUCGCCGACACUAUCGCAAUCCCCGGCGCCAAGAGGAUCGGUUACGUUGGGAUUUCCGUGAAAUCGAUAAACGUAUGGCCGGUUUGAAACAUAUGCAAAAUCCGGUUAGUUUGGAUCCAAAAUAAUUUUGAUGGAUGGAUGGUUGGAUCCGAUCCGAUCGGUUAGGUUUUAUAUCACUCAGUGACCCAAUCAUUACCGCACUGAUGAUAAUAGACUGUAUAUACAGUAUAUAUAUAACACCCAAAAUAGAUAGUCAUUUACAGUACAGAUAAUUAAGGAAAUGUUGUUUUUUUUAUUUAGUUAUUUAUAAAAAAAAGAGAUGAUAUAAUAAUAAUAAUAA